GCAAAAACUUGAAGACAAACUUUUGGAAAGCAAAGACCUGAAGAGGAAACUUUGGAGAACGAACCACCUGAGGAGGAAACCUUUGGAAACCAAAGACCUGAAGAGGAAACUUCGGAGGAGGAAGACCUGAAGAGGAAACCUUCGGCCAAAGAACACCUGAAGAAGAAGACAUUUGUAAACCGACUCUUGUUGGAUCCUUGAAUCAAGGCUACUUGAAGACCUGGAAAUGGACUUCAGACUCGUGGACAUCGAGGGACCUGUGGGAGCUGCCCCGGAGGUGCACCGUGACGCUGCUGGGUUUGUGGACUACGUCGUGGAGCGUCCCGCCAACGGCCUCCCGGAGCUCAUCUGGAUCAUUGAUGAUGACGACCGCAUCGUCGUCUUCAAUGAUUCGGAUGAGUCUUCCGAGGAAGAAGACUCGGAAGACGACUGGAGCACCAGCGAAGACUCCGGCUACGGCAGCCUGGACGAGGAUGAAGAAGACCCGGAGGACGGCGAAGAAGAGGACAUCCGACCUCGCUCCCCCCUGGUCCAGCGGCUCCCCCCUCCUGCUGGUGCUCCAGUCAUCGCUGCUCCCGCUGCUCCCCCACAGGAGGACCUUGCUCUCCACAUCAUCUCCUUCCCAAAGAGGCCCUGGGAGGAGAGCGAUGUGGAGGCACAGGUAGGUACGAAGAGGCAGCGGACCAGUGAAGAGGACAACCAGCAGCCAGGACCAUCUACAUCCGGUGCCACAAACCACAGCGCGUCCGGUCCCUCCACGUCAGGCCUGAGCUCCUCUGUGACCAGUGGAAACUGGUUCAGGCCUUUUUGGAGUCCAGAUGAUAGUGACUCCGAUUAGUCCUGAAACUGGUGGAAGCUCUGAGCAGAGAAGUUCCAGCUGACAGGCAGCUCCCACUUCUUACUGCAGGGAUUGGAAAAAAAAAAAAAAACAAGAAAAAAAAAGAAAAAAAAGAAAGAAAAAAAAGAAAAAAAAAAAAAAACCAUCAAGAUCCCUGAACCUAAUAGUAAAAAUCCUCCUUCACAUGUCUUAGCGUCAUCAGAUAAUGUGGGAGGAACGGUAGGUAUGAGCACCUGACAAAUACAGGUGUGUUUGUUCUUCUUUAUCGGAGGUAAGUAUAAUUACAAUCGCACAUAUUUUCAUUUUCAAGUAUUAUCCAUGUUACUAACGUUAUUUCUUUCAUGUCGCUGCUUUCAUCAAAUUAAGGUAAGUUUUUACUUCAAAUGAAGCACUUAUUAAGGAUUUAAUAUCUGUUCCUGAUCAUUUAUAAUUGAAGCAUUUUACUGACAUUUGCACUUUCUGUUUUGUUUCAUCAUCCAUCAUCCAGGAGUUCUCUGAACAGAGCUCCUGGAUGAUGGACAGAGAAGACCGGACCGACCAGACCAGAAGGAUGGAUGACCAGGAACCAACUGGAGAGAGGAGGAGUGUUUUCAGUCAGCUGACUAAGUGAGUCCUCACAAGACUACAAAAGUACCAACAGGGAUAUAAAGUGGUGAUGGGCUGAAGUUACCUUUCUGUAUGUUGAUGUGAACUGAUGGAGACUGGAACUGUCCUACACCUAUAUCACAUUUAUUGAUGGUUUCAUGUCUAUUAAAGAAGCACUAAUAAUUCUUAGAGGUUUAAUCCAACAGUUCAGCAGUUACCAGAGAGUCAAAGGUUGAUUUUUGUGUCCUGUUUUUCUGUUUCCCAGGUCAGCGCUCCACUUCAGACGCCCCUGCCUCCAACAGCA